CCAGUGGAAUUUCCUUCGUCUGGAGAACGAGCACUUGGUGGGUCCCUCUCAUUCUCUUGUCUCUUUGUACUCGCCUACUGACAUUGUACAACGCAGGGUAACGUCGACAUGUAUCGAGUCUCGAGAGAGGUUCCACUGCCAUAUCGGUUCGAAGCGAAGCAGGACGCCGAUGAUGACGAUGACGACUACGAAGAGCGCGAUGAGACCCGGAAGAAGGGCAUCCGCGGUGCGCUUAGAAGCAUUCAGCUUCGGACUCGGCGUGAUGUGGCGGCAUCGAAGGACCCAGAGGUCGGCACCGAAGCGCAGGAGCAGGUGCAGCGAGGACAGGUGCCGGAGCAAGCGCUCAGCGAAAAUGAGCAAGAGGAAGAAGUGGAGCAAGACGACGAGGCAGGAAAGGGUGUUUCGAGACGACGGGGCCAGACCCGGAGCCGAUCUUUUAUGGAGAGCCUCAAAAAGUCACUCGUUCCAGACGAUGGUGGAUUGGCCGCCCAUUACGGUGGCGGGCUUGCUGGGAGCUCUUCGUCGGAUGAAGACGGAAAUUCGAAGAAGCCAAGGUCGAGAAAGUCAAGCGGGACCAGUGGAAAGAGCGGUGGGAUCAGCUCGCAGUCUUCUUCAAGCAGCAGCAAGGGCAAGUCCGACAAGAAGGACAAGGCAGCGAAGAAGGUGAAGAAGAGGGAGCUGCGACUGGACGACAUUGGCGCUGCACAUGGGUCUAGCGGCAGGGAUUAUCAGCCUCAGACGUUUGAGCAGGGAAGCGAAAGCGAUCUAGACGAUGAUGACAGUGAACCGGAAGAGCCGCAAGAAAUUGUAGAAGAUUCGCACGCUUGAGUGGAACAUUUUGUCCUUAGAGUCAAUUGAAUGCGGAUUUCCUAGGUCUUGAAUGCUGAGAGACAGAGAGUGUGACGUUGUACAAAAUUGAGGACAAUGGAGAGAAUGCUAGGGAACGUUGUUGA